AUGACCCGACACGACCUCGAGGUCCUAGACACUAUCGGCACGCCAGACUAUCUCAAAGGCGAGCUGUCAGACAACGGUAGAAUGAAUCGCUCUAUGAUUCCAUCUCCGCCCUUAUGUUUACUCACAGACGUCGAUGUUCCAUCCCAUAUGGUCCCACCCAACCCUGAGGACUCGGAUGUGCUACCUUCUCAAGUUCAUCCAUCAUAUCCUUACGGAAAUCCGCUGAACAUAAAACACCCCGCUGCCCGGCCACGGCGCCCAUAUGAUCCAUCAUCCCGAGCAUUGUUUGAAGAUAUGGGUUAUUCUGGGGGCGGCGUCAAUGGCUCAUUACGGUGGAAAGAUCUUGCUUUGGAUACAUUGUUCCCUGUUGAUGAGGAGCAAGAAGCAGCCGAAAAAGCAGCACAAGCACGCAAAAUGGCGAGUGGAGCUAGUGCUAGUCAUCCGCCACCGCCACCGUCGGCCCCGGCUCCCGUAGAAGGCGGAGACGGAGAUGAAGAGCACGAUGAGAACGAAGACGGUGGGGAUGAAGACGAAGAUAAUGACGAGAACUUAGAUGGCUUGAGCGUCGGUGAUGACGAAGCCUGA